GGCCUUCUCCGGCGUGCGUUGGGGCUGUUCCUUGAGGCGCAUCGCCUGCUUCGUGCUCGCCCCCAACUCGGAUGCGAUCGGCGGGAUGAUAGCAACUGUCUGCGAGUGGGACCGGCGCCGAUGCUGGCCCAUCGACGCUCUUGAGAUCAUGGUUCGCCUCCGCAUGCGCUACUCUUUGUGGGGGCGUCCUCGAGGCGUUGCUGGUUUGAACAGCCCACGCGCGGGUCCGCAGCCGCGAUUGACAUCCUGAUCCUGAUGCCAGCGCGCGACAGGCUUCCGCCGUCCAGGCCAGCGGGGAAUUGGCAGCAGGGUUCUCGGCGCUGUCGCGGUAUGAAUACAGCAGCUCUUCAACGCAACAUAGAGUGGCGUCUUCCGCAUAGACGCAUGGUGGUUCUUCAAGCGAGUCGAACUUCGCCAAUCCUUCAUUCGCGUAAAUGGAUGUCUCUCGUGAUACCUUACUCCACGCUGUCGCCGCGGUCUCCGGUCUGGCCGCCUGGAUAUACCUGCAUGGGCACACCGUGCGAGGGGAUCAUGCACUAUCCUUCUAUACCCUCUGUGCAGGCACGCUUUAUGUGCUCCUCCAACGUUCACCCGGCUUGCAAGAGAGCCCGCUAAGAACGACUACUGUCUUUACAUCAAUCCACGCCCUAUGUCUUUCCGUUGCCACCGUCAUCUAUCGCCUCUCCCCAUGGCAUCCACUGGCAUCCCAUCCAGGACCUUUCCUAGCACGUAUCAGCAGCCUAUGGCUGGCUUACGUCUCAUCCACCGGGAGACGUCACCUCGUUAUGGACCGUCUACACGCAAAGCAUGGCCCAUUCGUCCGGAUAGGCCCCAAUGCCCUCUCCAUCAACUCACUCUCAGCACUCUCCCUCUACGCUCAUCUCGAAAAGGGCGAAUCGUACCGCUUCCCCGUCCAUGAUGGGGUGGCCUCCAUCUUUCUCAAGCAGGACAGCAAGGAGGGCCACCGGGAACGCCGCCGCAUCUGGGGCGGUCUGUUCACCCCCAGCAGUAUCUCCGCCAUGACCCCGGCCCUAGAAAGGAGGACCUGGCAACUCAUGCAGUGUAUCGAGCAACGCCAGUCCGUGGGCGGCGGACUCAUCGACCUUCCAGAGGCCUUCUAUCAUUGGUCGUGUGAUCUCGGGGGCGAUAUAGUAUUCGGUGGAUGCAACGAGCUUGAGUUGAUGAGAAAUGGAGACGUCAACAAUCUGGUGGCCACCGGAAAGUAUUCGACGGCGAUGAUGGACACGUUCGGGCACUCUCCAUGGCUUUUACACGUUCUGUGGCGCAUUCCUGCCACGAAGGACAUGCAUAAGCUGGUUACGAUGACCGCGGAGAUGGCACGGAAGCGCGUGGGGUCCAAGGAGCCUCCCACGUCAAGAGACCUGCUGUCAUAUUUGAUCGACGGCGGCGUUCCCAUGGCCGACAUGGAGCGGGACGGCAUGAUUGCCAUACUAGCUGCAUCGGAGAACACCACAAUCACGCUCGCUCUGGCUUGCUACUUCCUCGCCGCCGACCCGCAGUACCUCCACCAACUGCGGGACAUGCUGGAGCAAGCCUUCCCAGACCCGCUAGGACCUCUCUCUCAAAGCGCACUGGCAGCGCUUCCUUUGAUCGAUGGCGUCGUAAACGAGGCGCUGCGCCUGGGAUCGCACUUCUUCUUGCCCCGAGUGACCCCUAAGGGCGGAGUUGAGGUUGACGGCGUUCACAUUCCGGGCGACACCGUCGUCGCGCUCGCGUCGUACUCGAUCCAGACAAGCCCGGACCACUUCUACCCGGAACCUAUGAACUUCCGACCGGAGCGCUGGCUACCGGAGGGUCUUGGUCCAGACACGAAGACGGAUAGAACAGCGCUGGCGGCAUUUUCAUACGGCCAGCACGCGUGCCUCGGAAAGACGCUUGCCUACAACCAAAUGCGUUAUGUCCUGGCACGCCUCGUCCUCGCAUACGAUAUGUCCCUCAAGCCUGGCUUCGACGUGCAAGCCUUCCGCGAGGGCAUUGUGGGCAGGGGUGUACCUAAUCUCGAAGUACCCCUGGAGAUGACGUUCCAACGGCGGCCCGGUGUGCACUUCGAUGAUCUCGGAGAUAGAGCGUAGUCGUCGUACAACUCGGCAACGACGCGGACGCUGCGUACCAAUCGGUCUCCUUCCAGUUGUGUAGAUGUUCGUGCAUGAGCUGGUACCGCGUUGGAGGUUGUAGUAUUCC